CCCCUGCACACCAUGUCUUCCGCCGCAGACGGCUCGGACACUGCCAGUUGGUUCGAGGCAGUCAAGGGCGAGGUCCCCUUUGCCCUCACCGGCCCCAGUAUCACACUCUCACCACUCCCAUCACCGUACCCACCAACAGUCUUCCUCUAUGGAGGUAAAGUUGUCCAAUCCCGACGCAUGUCGGAUCAAAUGUGGGCCAUGGACUUGAACCGCCGGGAAUGGUCGCGCGUCAACGCCGGCACCGGACCGGGCGUGCGCUACUUCCACUCUAUGGACGUUUGGGAGGACAAGCUUGUCCUCUUCGGCGGCAUGAGUGAGCAAGAGCUCAACGGGUCCAGCUUUGUACAUGAUGACGUCUGGUUCUUUGACUGCCGCACUCGCCGCUGGCUCCCCCAGCCUUCCCCCACCGCUGGCCCCUCCUUUGAGCCAAUAGCUCAAGACCCCCAGCUUCUCCCUUCCGCACGCUACGCCCACCUCAGCGCUGUCUCGCGCGACAAGCUCGUCGUAUUUGGCGGACAGCGACACGACAACACCUGGAUCUACGAAAUCAGCGCCUAUGACCUCAAGCGUCGCCUGUGGGUGUCCAAGACGCCCCAGCCCGAGUCGCACGGACUGCACUCCAAGGGCGCAUACCGGUCCGUCGCCCUGUCUACCAACCAGCGCGUCGUUUUCCCGCAUUCUGACUCGCACACGUUCACCGGCACGCAGGGCCUGCCAUUCUCAGAGGACGAGGAGGGCUACGGCGGCUCAAUCUACGUCUACUCAAACUACGACUUUGCAAAGGUGAGGCGAGAGUUUGAGAUUCUCCACCCACUCGAUGAUGGCGAGGCCGACCCGGUCGCAUCAGACAAGUUUGCCUCUAUCCCCGGAUACACUGUGCGCGAUCUCUCGACCAAGAUGAGCGGCGUGUCCCAGCCACCAGGCCUGCGCUUCCCGUCCGGCGGCGUUGUUGGCCACCACUUUGUCCUAACGGGUCUCUACCUCGCCUCCACUUCCGGCGCAUUCUCUAUAUGGGCGCUCGACCUCACUACCAUGGUGUGGUCGCAUAUUGAGCCGACCGUGCUCAAGACUGGAAGCUGGAACCGUCCCGUCCUAUGUCCCGACAGCGCUCGUCUCAUCGUGUUUGGUUGUGCCGACUCGGACCUCACCACUGACUACGGCAAGCGUGCCGUCAACCUCAACCACGUCGCAGUCAUCGAGCUCGAGGCGUACGGCAUCUAUCGCCCACCAAAGCAGGAGAUCACAGACAAGGAGCAGAACAUGGGUCUUACGUUACUCGACCAGAGACUGUUGAUCGACUUUGAGGUCGUGUCCCUCGACAACCGCCGCGUCAAGUGCUCGCGGCGGGUGCUGGAGAAGCGCUGGCCGUGGUUCGCAGAGCAGCAGGCGUCGAUCGUUUCCCGUGCAGGCGAGAUCGUCCACGACGUGGCCUCGCUUGACAUCCACGACGCACUUGUAGCGUCCCUGAGCCCCGCGCGUAUGACGCCCACACGCCUUUACCUGCCCGAAGAGUUUGCCGUCUGCGUCGCCUUUGUUCAAUACUUUUACACGCUCGAGCUGUCGACACCGCUGCAGCGCCGCGGCCCCGUGCUCACCUCGCUGCUGUGUCUUGCCAACCAGUACAAGCUUGAACGUCUGCGCAAGCUCGUCGUGCACACACUGCACACCCGCCUUGAGCCGGACAACGCGCUCAACCUGUUCCAGGUGGCGAGCCUCACAGGCGAGAAGCCCCUCGCGUCUCGUUGCCUGAGCCUGCUGAAGCACACCCGCUCCAAUGGCAAGCCGCUGCACAGCUCUCACCACCGUCCGAGCGGUACUCAGAGUGCCCACGGCGGUAGCUCUGGCAGCGGCACCGGGUCCGCACCGCCGCACAUGGGCCUCCCACCCGACGGGACGUCUUCUGGCACGUCUACGGUCAACGGGAACACUACCAUCCAGGGCGCGCCCGAGCCACACAUGUUCCGCCGGGCUCGCGCUGACUCCCUCACGUGUCCCGAGCACCUCCUCUCGCGGUUUGUGGACGGCGAGGAACUACUUCAGGAGGCAUCCGCAAACUCGUCCAAGUCACAGGAGGACUCGAUGGUUGUGUCGCUCUUCAGUGCACUUGACUUGAACUCGCCUCCGCCAUCACCUGUUGUCAUGAAACGCAACAACAGGCCUGUGUCGGAGCGGUCGCCGUCGCCAAGUCCCAGCCACGCGAGCUCGACGAGGAAGAAGCGUGCACCUCCGAUGAUGCCGCCUCCAGUCCGUGCUCUUCCCAUGGUCCCCCAUGAUGCCCUCCUCACUCCUCCUGUUACUCCCCAUACCCCCCUCGCCGAUGCGGCUCUCCGCGCCUCCAGCCCGACCAACUCGGAGUCGACUUCGUCGUACCCGAGGACCCCGGCUGAGUCGACACGCGGAUCCGUGUACUCUACCCGCGAGGACCCCAUGUCUCCGAUGGCCGAGCGCCGUCCGUCUAUCAGCGAUAGCAGCAUCCGCGGGAAAACAGCCGCACUGCCAAGUCUGCCCGAGGACGAUGCGCCGACGUUUGAAAUCAGCGACGACAACACUCGAGUGUCGACUGAGACAUCCGAGGGCGAGCACGAGACGCUGCGGACACCUUGCAUCUCCAUUGACCCCGGGAGUGCGCCGUUGAAUCAGUCUCUCAACGUGCAGCAGGAGCAGGCCAUGCGCAAGCUCACCGCCAACUCGGGACAGUCAAAGCAGCUCACGCGCGCCACUUCGCUCUCCUCGCUCGGCCAGCGUCCACACAGCGCCAUGGCGACAUACACGGCCCGCGAUGUGCGUGAGAUGGGCAAGGCCCAGGCGCAGAUGAGCGUUCUCGCUGAGGACUUUGGCCCCGUCCUUUCCUCAACAGCCGAGCGCUCCAAGACGUGGGCGAAGCCGGCCGGCGAAUCCGACAUGUUCAGCAAGCGGCGCAGUAUUGCUCAGCCGCCCGCGCCCGUUGACUCUGACUACGAUCGCGAUCGCGAGCAGCUGGCCAAGUUCCACGCGUUUAUAGCCGAGCAGCAGCGCCAGGCCGGAUCGCACGAGGCCGAAGCAAUAGCCCGCAAGGCGACUGGCCGCGCCGGGCGCUCGCGUUUCGGCGCGUGGCGUUCCAAGGUCGGCAAUGUACUGCACUAGCGCUAGUUGCGGAGCGCAUCUGUUUUUUCGUCUGAGCAUACCACACGUCACGUCACGUCACGACCUGUCCACACACACGUUCCGACCAGCUUUACUCUGUUUUCCAUGUUUUCCAUGUUUCUAUAGUUAUAUUCGGGCUCUGCGAGCUGUGGUAUGCAUUUGACAUGUGGCAG